AUGGGAAAAGACACGUGUGUGCGGGUUCAUAUCGAUCGUCGAACUUUAAGUGGGACAACAAUCAAUGGUGCCUUUAAUAAUAUAAAUAAUGGUGGAGUGUUCGAUGUAGAAUUUACGCCAAAGAGAACUAACCAAGAAAAAAUAUCUAUAUUUUACCAACUCCAACAUCACUUACAAGAUGGAGCGAAAAAGCAACAACUCGCUUCUUUGGAAUCUUACGGAAUCAUUGUAUAUCAAAGAACAUUUACGAUCUAUGUUAUGCAUCAAAAUAUGGACAUAUAUGUCGUUGAUAUAUUAACAGAAUUCAGUAAUCCGAAUUCAAAAGACCAAUUAUAUGUCCUUAGAGAGGUUAUCGAAAAAGUUUACAUGUUUAAAGUAUAG